AUGUAUAUUGGCGCUGACCAAAAUACAUUCGAGCCAGGACAGGUGAACCGUCCGUUGGUCUCCAAUGGAUUCACGAAAACCGAAGAGUUGCCAAAGACGCCGUUAGGCAAGGAGAGAGCAUCUUGGAAGAGGCAUCUUUUCAAGAACAGAUCGACAUUUAAGAAAGACAAAUGCAAACUUAUUGUCUCGGCGAUUCUCAUCGGAGUCGCCAUCGGCUUUCUCGCCCUUCUUAUCACAUUCAUCGCAAAUCUUCUUAACACUCCGAAGAUUCACAUCGAUGAGCCAUCUGGCAGCCAUCGUCUAGCAAACGCUGGAAUCGGAAAACCAGAUUCCCCAAUGACGACAGAUUUGCCGUUUGACGAACCAACUCCGCACGUUGUUGCACAGAAGGCGCCUGAAAAACAAAAACUUUUCUCCAGCACCACCAUUUCGGCCGAACCUGUUAACGAAUUGACUAGCGCAUUGGAGGAGAUUACCUCGACCUCAACCAUGUCAGAAUUAGAAGAUUCCACUCAUCCGUUGGACUAUUUUGGACUGUUGACCGAUCGCAAUUCUGCUGAUGAUUGUUUAGUUCAUUAUUCAAAUGGAGCAAAAACUGGAGUUUACCCGGUUGUGAAAGAAUCGAAGCGUAUUGAAGUGUUCUGCGAUAUGGAAACUGAAAAUGGUGGAUGGACAGUGAUUCAAAGACGUCUAAAUAACAAGGAAUCAUUCCAUAACAAGUUGUGGAAUCAAUAUGUCGAAGGAUUUGGAAACAAAGAGGAGAACUUUUGGAUUGGUCUUGAAAACUUGUAUGCCUUGGCGCCGUCAUCCGGAGACUAUGUCACACUUCGCAUCGAACUACGCGGUGACACGUGCUUCGGUGAUAAAUGCAGCAAGAGCAGUGAUGGAUUCUGGUACAACGAAUACAAAUUCAAGAUUGGGGACGCCAGCUCCGGCUAUCAAUUGGAUAUUUCGACACCAACUCGGGGAAACCUGUCAACUGCAAAUAAUCCUGAAGACCCACUUUUCGCCAUGAACAAUGGCCAGAAAUUUACCACCAUCGACCACGAUCAAGAUUCGGAGCCGGGAUUUAAUUGCGCUCAAUUUCGCAAUUAUGGACCAUGGUGGCACAAGAAUUGCACGAAAGUGGCGUUGAAUGGACUCUACGGCGAUAAAAAACCAGUGACUCGAUAUAUGAUGUGGAAUUAUGUUGAGAAGAGCAAGGACGGGAAAAUUGUUGCAAGCUUUCCUAUUCAUCCCAAAGAAACUAUUAUGCUGAUUCGCCCAAUGUUUUAA